GUAUUGACAAGGCCCAAGCAACGUAGUAUUAUUGCGGCGCAGCUGGGACCAGCGCAUGCUCUUGACUUCGACGAUUCAAGAUUGUAGUUCCCGCCCAGAAGACCCCGUCCCUUGGCUGUGAAAGCGUCCGCGAAGCAUUGUGGGAGCGGCUGAGGCGGUAAAAUGGCGGAUCUGGCAAACGAAGAAAAGCCUGCUAUAGCGCCUCCUGUCUUUGUAUUUCAGAAGGACAAGGGACAGAAGAGAUCAGCUGAUGAUUCCAGUCCAGAGCAAGAAGAUUCUGACAGAGAAGAUAGUUACUGCCCACCUGUUAAACGAGAACGAACCUCAUCCUUUUCACAGUUUCCUCCUUCCCAGUCUGUGACAAAGAACAAUGUCUUCAUGCCAUCAAGCUUCUGUCAACCUUCCACUGGUAAUUCAGACUCUGAGCCAGGUCUUCCAAGCCAGAAGCCUAAGGAGCAGCAGCGCAGUGUUCUGCGCCCAGCAGUAUUACAAGCUCCACAGCAGAAGACUUUCUCGGCACCUGGCUUCAGUAGUGGAACAAAUGGCAUCAGUCUCUCCUCUGAGUCCUCCGCUUCCUAUCCAGAUGCUUCAGCAGUAAACCCAUCCAUACAUCAGAUAAACGCUGAUGGUGAUAGAAAAGACAGCAAUGCUCAGACAGAGUCUUGUAUUGUGAAAGAUAUUAGUGAAGAUUUAGAACAGGGUGAGCAGAAGACGCAGCAAUCCUUUGUCUUUGGGCAGAACCUGGAAGACCGAGUAAAACUUGAAGUACAAAAUAAUGAUGAGAAAGUGGGAUCCCAAGGUAUGGAUGCCCCAGCACAGACCAAUUACUUUCUACAGUAUAUCGGCUCAAGCCUAGAGAAUUCCACACAUAAAACUGAAGCAGCCACGAGCAAGUUUGUAUUUGGGCAAAAUAUGAUUGAGCGAGUUCUGAGUCCACCCAAAGCAGAGCCAAACUCUGACAGCAACAAGGAGAAUUCAGUUUUAGAGAGUGAAUCUAAAAGUGCUUUACUGGAAAACACCCCAGAAAAAACAAAUAAUAUCUCAGAAUCCCUGGUAGAGUCCGCAGCUGCAUACACAAAAGCUACUGCAAAAAGAUGUUUGCUGGAAAAAGUUGAGGUUAUCACAGGAGAGGAGUCAGAGAGCAAUGUAUUGCAGAUCCAAUGCAAACUGUUUGUGUUUGAUAAAGUGUCACAGUCUUGGGUAGAGAGAGGUCGAGGUCUCUUGAGACUGAAUGACAUGGCCUCCACAGAAGAUGGUUUACUACAAUCCCGCCUUGUUAUGCGCACACAAGGUAGCUUGCGAUUAAUCCUUAACACUAAACUCUGGGCACAGAUGCAAAUAGACAAAGCCAGUGAGAAAAGCAUCCGCAUCACUGCGAUGGACACAGAGGACCAGGGUGUCAAAGUCUUUCUGAUAUCGGCAAGCUCUAAAGACACUGGACAGCUUUUUGCUGCAUUGCAUCACCGCAUCCUUGCUUUAAGGAGUCAUGUAGAGCAAGAUGUUGAAUUAAAGUGUCCUGAGCCAGUGAGGGAAGUGGCACAGUCCAAUGAAGAAGACAGUGAUGAUGAUGAUGUACUUACCCCCUCAGGGGCAAAUGUUGGAGCACCUGGUGACGAGGAAGAGAAGCUACCAGCAUCCAGUACAUAGCACCCACCUCUUAAGAAGCUCCCCUUUAAGUAAUCUGGUGAUAGUCCUCUGCUUUCUUCAAACCUUAUGGAGUACUGAAGACAAACUUCUAAAAGCAAGGCAGAGCUUAAGGACACAGACUUCUCACCCAUCCCCUGGAACUGUUUUUGUUUGUUUUUUCCCGCUUAACCAGAAAAAAAACAUACUUUGGGUUACCAUCAAGAUAUUUUUAUUUUUCACCCCCUUGAAGAUGUUACACAUGGAAUCCAUCCAGUCUUACACAAAGCUCUUGCCAGGAUGUCUGAGGAUAUAACAGCUCAUCAUAUUGAUGAGCAAAAGAAAGUUUCCACCUGCCCCACCACCCCCUUGUAACUGAUGUUGACAGCAAAGACAAUACCACCAUUCAAAAAAAAUGUAAUUUUCUUUUUAUAUAAUGAAAUGUUGCCUCUGUCUUUCCCCCCUCAACCUUCAAAAAAAAAAAAAAAAAUCAGUGUGUGUAAAUAUAUGUAUAAAUUUUUCAUGCCCUUCAUUGCUUUUAUUUUUGGAUUCUUGACCAGGACCUACCCAAUUUCUGAGAGAGAUGUAUAGGGCCAUGCUACCUUACCAGUGUCCCUCCACUUCUAAACUUUAAAUGACUGCCCUCUGUGGCUUAUCAAAUUGGAAUAAUCUUUGGAGCUACACACAGUUUUGAAACACUCUUGGACAGAUUGCAUUCUCCUUUAAGACUUCAAACCUAUUGGUUAUAAAUGGGAUAUUCCAGUUUUUCUCCUUCCCUUUUUCUGGGUAAUUUUUCUGUUGUGUUUCAAAAUAUUUUUUAGUUUGACAUAUAUGCUUUUUUUGUGUGCUACAAAAGUGAAAUGUUAUUUUUUUGUAUCAUUAUUUAAGGGAAAGCGUUCUGUUUUCCUUUUAGUUCAUUUCCA